UAUUUAAUAGCAUGUUUAUUUUUAACAAUAAAUAAUGUUGGACAAACUACUAAUCCACUUUUAACAAAACGUUUAAUUCAAUAUGUUGAAUAUAAAGCUCUUGGAAUAGAAGAAGGAAUUGGUAAAGGUAUUGGAUAUUCCUUUGGUGCUGUUGUUAUUAUUUUUAUUAUUGGUGUAUCAAUUAAUCAUUUCUUUUAUAGAUCAAUGAUAACUGGUGCUCAAGCAAAAGCGGUAUUAACAAAAGCUCUUUUAGAUAAAUCUUUUGUUUUAAGUGCAACUUCAAGACAUAAAUAUCCAACUGGUAAAAUUACUUCUAUGAUGGGUACAGAUUUAUCAAGAAUUGAUUUUGCUAUUGGAUUUCAACCAUUUUUAUUUAUGUUCCCAAUUCCAAUUGCAAUUGCUACUGCUAUUUUAAUUGUUAAUAUUGGUGUAUCAGCCUUAGUUGGGAUUGUAAUUCUUUUCUUAUUUAUGGUUGCAAUUGCAUUUACAACUAAAAAAUUAUUUGCUUAUAGAUUUAGUGCUAAUAAGUAUACUGAUGGAAGAGUUAAUUUUAUUAAAGAAGCUUUAAAUAAUUUAAAAAUUAUUAAAUUUUAUUCUUGGGAACCUCCUUAUCAUGCAAAUAUUUCAAAUAUAAGACAAAAGGAAAUGCUGAUUAUUUAUAGAAUGCAAGUUUUAAGAAAUAUUGUUACAGCAUUUGCAAUGUCAUUAUCAUUAUUUGCUUCAAUGAUUGCUUUCUUAGUAUUAUAUGGUAUUGGAUCUCAUAGAAGAGAUCCUGCAUCUAUUUUCUCAUCUAUUUCAUUAUUUAAUACUUUAACUCAACAAGUAUUUUUAAUUCCAAUGGCUUUAGCUUCAGGUUCAGAUGCUUAUCUUGGUUUACAAAGAGUUGGAGCUUUCUUAGCUUCUGAAGAAAUUAAAACUGAUGAAACUCAAAUUGAAGCUCAAGGAGAAAAAUUAAUUGCUAUGGAAAAGGAAAAUAUUGCUAUUGAAGUUUCAAAUGCUUCAUUUGCAUGGGAAACUUAUGGUAAUGAAACUGAUGAAAAUAAUUUUGAUGAAGAAAAUAAAGAAGAUCAUAAAGAAGAACAUAAUGAAAAGGAAAUUAAACAAGAUCUUAAACUUCGAAAAGUUUUAUCGAGUAAAAAAUCUCUUGAUGCUAAAACAAAUUCAUCAUCAGAAAAGGAUAUUGAUUUAGAUGAUUCAAGUUCUUCUGAUGAAGUUAUAUUUAGUGGAUUAAGUAAUAUUAAUUUUACAAUUGAAAAGGGACAGUUUAUUGUUAUUACUGGAUUAAUUGGUUCAGGUAAAUCAUCUUUAUUAAGUGCUAUUUCUGGAUUUAUGAAACGUACUUCUGGUCAUGUUAAUGUUGAUGGUUCAUUAUUAUUAUGUGGAUAUCCUUGGGUGCAAAAUGCGACUGUACAAGAAAAUAUUGUAUUUGGAUCAGAAUUUGAUCAAAAGAAAUAUGAUGAUGUUAUUUAUGCUUGUUCAUUAGAAAGUGAUUUAGAAAUUUUACCAGCCGGUGAUCAAACAGAAAUUGGUGAAAGAGGUAUUACAUUAUCUGGAGGUCAAAAGGCUAGAAUUAAUUUAGCCAGAGCUGUUUAUGCAAAUAGAGAUAUUAUUUUAAUGGAUGAUGUACUUUCUGCUGUUGAUGCAAGAGUUGGUAAACAUAUUAUGAAUCAAUGUAUUAUGGAAUUAUUAAAGGAUAAAACAAGAAUUUUAGCUACUCAUCAAUUAUCAUUAAUUGGUUCAGCUGAUAAAGUUAUUUUCUUAAAUGGUGAUGGAUCAAUGGAUUUUGGUACAACUGAAGAAUUAAGAGAAAGAAGUUCUGGAUUUAAUAAAUUAAUGGCUUAUAGUUCUGAAACAAAAGAUGAUGAAGAAGAAAAGAAGGAAGAACUUUAUGAAGAAGAAGCAGAAAUUGAACGAGAAAAUAUUCAACGUCAAUUAACUAGAAAAUCCACUAUUGUAGAAGAUGAAGAAGCUGAACAUAAAGAUUUUAAUAAAAAUAUUGGAGAAAAUGGUCGAUUAAUGGAAGAAGAAAUUAGAGCUGUUAAUGGUAUAAGUUUUGAUGUUUAUAAACAAUAUAUUCUUUUAGGUACUGGGAAAUUUAAACCAUGGGGUAUACUUCCACUUAUGUUAUGUGCUAUGAUUUUAGCUACUUUCUGUCAACUUUUUACAAAUGCUUGGUUAUCAUUUUGGACUGAAUAUAAAUUUCAUAAUUUACAUGAUAAUUUUUACAUUGGAUUUUAUGUUAUGUUUACCCUUUUAUCAUUUGGAUUCUUAACUUUAGAAUUUAUUAUAUUAGUUUAUAUUACUAAUACUGCUUCUGUAACUUUAAAUGUUAUGGCAGUUAAAAGAGUCUUACAUGCUCCAAUGGGAUUUAUGGAUACAACACCAAUGGGUAGAAUUUUAAAUAGAUUUACCAAAGAUACUGAUGUUUUAGAUAAUGAAAUUGGUGAUCAAUUAAGAUUCUUCCUUUUUGUAUUUUCAAAUAUUAUUGGUGUUUUAAUCUUGUGUAUUAUUUAUUUACCAUGGUUUGCCAUUGCAGUUCCAUUUUUAGGAUUUAUGUUUGUGGCAAUUGCUAAUUUCUAUCAAGCAUCUGCAAGAGAAGUUAAACGUUUAGAAGCAGUUCAAAGAUCAUUUGUUUAUAAUAAUUUUAAUGAAACUUUAAGUGGUAUGCCAACUAUUAAAGCUUAUAAAGCUCAAUCACGAUUUUUAAAUCGUAAUUCUUAUUUGAUUGAUAGAAUGAAUGAAGCUUAUUAUAUAACUAUUGCAAAUCAACGAUUUUUAGCUAUUCAUAUGGAUAUAAUUGCAUGUUUUUUUGCAUUAUUAAUUGCAUUAUUAUGUGUUAAUCGUAUAUUUGAUAUAAGUGCAGCAUCGGUUGGUUUAUUAUUAUCUUAUGUUUUCCAAAUUGCUGGACAAUUAUCUAUGCUUAUUAGAACUUAUACUCAAGUUGAAAAUGAAAUGAAUUCUGCUGAAAGAUUAAAUGAUUAUGCAUUUAGAUUACCAGAAGAAGCUCCAUAUGAAAUUCCAGAACGUUCACCUCAUCCAUCAUGGCCACAACAUGGUAAAAUGUCUUUUGAAAAUGUUUCAUUAGCUUAUAGACCAGGUUUACCAUUAGUAUUAAAAAAUUUAACUUUUGAUAUUAAACCAAGUGAAAAAAUUGGUAUUUGUGGUAGAACUGGUGCUGGUAAAUCAUCAAUUAUGACUGCUUUAUAUCGAUUAUCAGAAUUAGAAAGUGGUAAAAUUACAAUUGAUGAUGUAGAUAUUAGUCAAUUAGGAUUAAAAGAUUUAAGAUCUAAAUUAUCAAUUAUUCCUCAAGAUCCGGUAUUAUUUAAAGGUACUAUAAGAAAGAAUUUAGAUCCAUUUAAUCAAAGUUCAGAUGAUAAAUUAUGGGAUGCAUUAAGAAGAACUGGAUUAAUUGAAGCUAAUAAAUUAGAUUCAAUUAAACAACAAACUAGAAAUUAUGAUGAUGUUGAUUAUGAUCCAUCAAGUAUUCAUAAAUUCCAUUUAGAUCAAAGUGUAGAAGAUGAAGGAUCUAAUUUUUCAUUAGGUGAAAGACAAUUAAUUGCCUUUGCAAGAGCUUUAGUAAGAGAUUCAAAGAUUCUUAUCUUGGAUGAAGCAACAUCAUCUGUUGAUUAUGAAACAGAUUCAAAAAUUCAAACUUCUAUUAUUAAAGAAUUUGAAAGAUGUACAAUCUUAUGUAUUGCUCAUAGAUUAAAGACUAUUAUUAAUUAUGAUAGAAUUUUAGUAUUAGAUAAGGGAGAAAUU